AUGCCAGCAUACGCGACGCGACGCGACGAGGGCGACGAGGGCGACGAGGACGACGAGGACGAUGUUGUCGUUGAGGGAGCAGAAGGUCGCAAAAGCAUUUUCUACUCUGGCCAUAUUUGGUCCUUCACCUCGUCGCUCUCUUCUGCCAAAAGCGCGACCCCCGCGCUGUCCACUCAACCCCCAUCGGACGAAAUAGACAAACAGCUUAAGGCUCGAGGCUCGAGGCAAAAGGCAACAUAUGCAGGGAGCGGAGGACCUUCCACGGGCGUCACAGCUCGCCUCGACGUCUUGAUCCCAUCUCGAGAACGUAUCAUGGCCUCGUCUUAUGCUCUGCCCGUAUCGGCAAUGCACAGCCAUAUCCAUUCGAACUCCCUUCACUCUCCUGGUCGACAGCACCCCGCGAGAGCUCCGCCUCCAGAGAAGUUGAACGGCAGCAGUCUACACUCGCAUUCACAAUCGCAGCCCCAUCUCGAACUUGAUCACCACCGAUCCUCUCGGAGUCGAGGCGAGAAUUGUCGACCCUCGCGGGAACGUUCGCGGUCGCCUUAUAUACCACGGAACUAUCUGCCGACUCCGCCAAACAGCGGCGAGUUCGAGAAACACGCAUAUACCAAAGAGGCCACUCACCCAUACAUGUACCCACAUACCCACGAAACGUCGCCUCCACUCUCCUCGGGAUCCUUCGAGCCUCCCCUUAACGCUGUCAAAGUUUUACCGCACCAUCACGACCACAGUCACCACGACCACAGUCAUCACGACCACAGUCACCACGACCACAGCCAUCAUGAUUCCAGCCAUAUUCACCCUCGUCCCUCAUUUGAGCAACCACGGUCGAAAUUCACAAGCCUCGUUCUCCCACUCACCCUGCGGUGGCCAAUUCUCCACACAAUAAUGGCAGACCAAGACUCCCGCCGGAUACUCUAUUUUAUAUGCCUUAACUUCAGCUUUAUGUUAGUUCAAGCCGUCUACGGAUACUUGACAGACUCUCUCGGCCUUCUGAGCGAUAGUAUACAUAUGUUCUUUGAUUGUUUGGCCCUGGGCGUUGGAUUGUUCGCUUCUGUUGCCAGCAAGUGGCCACCUAGUGAGCGCUUCCCAUAUGGGUUUGCAAAGAUUGAGAGUUUGUCUGGGUUUGGAAAUGGAGUAUUCUUAAUGCUUAUUAGUAUUGAAAUCCUGAUCGAGGCGCUAGAGAGACUUUCCGACGGGAGAGAGACGAAACGAUUAGCAGAGCUAUUUUUCGUUAGUGCAAUGGGGCUUGCUGUCAAUCUGGUCGGUAUGCAGUGUUUUGGACACCAUGGGCAUCACCACCACGGAGACCACGCGCACAGCCAUCACUCCGGGCAUAGCCACUCGGGACACGACCACCGCUCGCACAGCCACGAGAAGAUACGUUCGGAUGAUCACCACCACCAUCAUUCGUCUGAGGAACAUUCUCACCAUGAUUGUGACCAUGAACACGAUCGUUCCCCUUUACUUGUUAGUUCGGCUGCAACCAUGUCGGCCCACGCCGGACACUCGCACUCACAUUCACAUGACAAUGAGAACAUGCAUGGUAUAUGUACGUAUAAAUCCCAACCCCUAUCAAAUGGUGCUCUGAGAUUUUCGGCUUCGAAGGAAGCCACGAUCAAAGAGCAGGGAAUUCUCAAGUUCAAUCCUAUCAUACUUAUCUCUGCCUCACACGGUGCUAACUUUGAUGGAGUCCUCCAUGUUCUCGCAGAUACGAUGGGAAGCGCCGCCGUCAUGUUAUCCACUGCUCUGAUUUACUUCUUCGGAUGGAACGGAUUCGAUCCUCUUGCAUCCUGCGUCAUCGCCAUCCUGAUCUUCUUGUCGUCGGUCCCACUUAUCAAGAGCUGUGCCAAGAAGCUGCUUCUGACAGUACCCGACGAAAUCGAGUACGGGCUUCGAGAUACGCUCGCAGGUGUGAGCGAUCUGAGAGGUGUGGCAACUUACAACGUUCCACGAUUCUGGAUGGGUGACAAGAACCCAGACAGCGAAAGCGAACAGGUGCUAGGCGUGAUGCACGUUAUUGCUACCCGAGGCUCGGAUCUAGACGACGUACGAGAGCGAACACGAAAUUUAUUGCUUGAGCACGGUGUUGACGCCGUGGUUCAAGUGGAGAAGAUAGAGGAUACGGGUUGUUGGUGCGGAGGAUCAGCCAUUCGCUCUCAUUUGUCGUCACCUUCGCAUCAGGGGGGGUUUUAA